CCCAUCCACGAUUUCGACCAAAGAGGCCUUUCGUUAGUGCUUCUCCAGGCGAAUCUAGGGUUCGUCACAAUCCCGUCGCCGGUCGCCAGUCCGCACAACCGCCACCCCCGCCUGACUCCUACCCGACGCCGGUGUACUCCUACCUCUAGGAGCAAACGCGAGCGUCGAAUCCGCAGGCGUGCGAGCUCCAUGGGGAAGGAGGAGGCGGCGGGGAAGUCGCAGCCGGAGUGCAUCAACUCGUCGAACCCGUACCAUGAGUGCUCCGACUACUGCCUCCACCAGAUCGCCGAGGCCCAGCGGCGCCUCGCCGAAGACCUCCCGGACUCGCGGCCCCCGGAGGAGCGCACCGUCCACCCUGACUGUAUCAACGCCUCCAACCCCUAUCAUGGCUGCUCUGAGUAUUGCUUUAAGAAGAUUGCUGACGCCAAAGCUGCAUUGGAGCGUGGGGAGCAGGAGCAUCCUGCUGGAGGUUCUGGCAAAUCAGACAUCGCACUUGAGCAGGCUGAUGGUGAUGAUGAUUCCAGUCGGCAGGAGGAGGCGGGCGCAGAUGAGGGUUAUCCCCAGAUGACUGCGAAGCAGAAGAAAUUGUUUGAGCUGCAGCUCAAGAUGAACGAAGCUAGGAAGGCGAAUCAGCAGGCAAUGGUUGCAGAGAAGAAGAGGAUGGAGCCUCGUGGCGAGAGCAGAGGCGUUUCUAAGCAGAAGUGGUUAGACGACAGGAAGAAGAAGAUCGGGAAGCUGCUCGAUUCGAAUGGCCUGGAUAUGUCAAAGUCUUACAUGCUUGACACACAGGACAUGGCAGAAGCAAAAUACAAGAAGUGGGAGAAGGAACCUGCACCACAUGGCUGGGAUGUUUUCAACCAGAAAACUUUGUAUGAUGCAUACAAAAAGCGGACCAAGAACAUAGAGGUUGACAUGGAGUCAUAUAAUAAAGCAAAAGAAACUGAUCCUGAGUUUUACCGCGACGCUUCGAGUCUUCAAUAUGGGAAGGUGUCUAAAGUGGCGGAACCGAACAUUGACAGAAUGGUCAAUGAACUCAAGGAGCGCGAUGAGAAACGGAAAUCGUUCAGCAGGAGACGCAAGUUCAACGAAGACAAAGACAUUGACUCGAUCAACGACCGGAAUGAGCAUUUCAACAAGAAGAUUGAGAGAGCCUUUGGCAAAUACACGCUGGAGAUCAAGAACAAUUUGGAAAGAGGGACUGCCUUGCCAGAUUAAGAUCCUUGAACAAUUUUCUGGUGUUGGAUUUACACCCUCAAUUAGCAGAGCGGAUUGAUGUCUUUUCCCUGUUUUUUCUUGCUUGUAACUUGUGGUCAACAAUUUCCUCUGAACUGUAAAUGAAACUUGGUUGUAAUGUAAUGAUAUGCCAAGACAUGUACAAACAGUUGUUUGUCGAAUUGAGCGUUUAUCUCCAUGUUACAAUUACU